UACCGCGAGAUAUGGAUGCGAAUCACCGAUUGCCCUAGAUGUUUCGGGGAUGGGAAUGAGUGCAUGAAGACGCAGAUCAAGGUCAAUGCAUCCGACGACGGCGGUAAAUACAUCCUUCGCAACGACCAACUCCGCACCAUCAUUAGAGGAGAUCCGUACAAAAAGUGGAUAGAAGACGCUGCCGCGGCAAAGAAGGAAGAGAGAUCCUUUGAACAUCUACUCCUCCUUCUGAGGCUCUGGUACGGGAGUAGAAAACAGUACCGCGAGAUAUGGAUGCGAAUCACCGAAUGCCCUAGAUGUUUCGGGGAUGGGAAUGAGUGCAUGAAGACACAGAUCAAGGUCAAUGCAUCCGACAACGACGGUAAAUACAUCCUUCGCAACGACCAACUCCGCGCCAUCAUCGGAGGAGAUCCGUACAAAAAGUGGAUAGAAGACGCUGCCGCGGCAAAGAUCGACCUGAACACGGAGUGCGAGUAUUUCCCAUGGUGGAUGUUCGAGGGCGCGGGGCUCACUUUCAUCGUCAUCGUUGCCGUUCUCGCCUGGCGAUGCGGCAUCUUCCAACUUCUCGAAAAGAAGCACGAAGAAUACGAGGACACGACAAAAUCGGAGCCGACGAUGAAGAAUAAUCUCCCGUUCCAGAAGAUGCAACCGGGGAUAGAUGAUCCUGGUGUCUACUACCAAUACGAGCCCGAGAACAUGGGCUUCUCCGAUCCAUUCGACCGACAGAUCCAGACGCAGAGUUCUCACGAUAAUCCCGCAUUCGAGGCGGACGACGUGGAGGUGUAUCGACGAGGAAGCGUCCCUCGCAGAUCCUCGCAAACGCAGUCUUCCUCCCAACCCGCCUAUUCGCCGAUCACCAGCCAUCAGUGA